GAAAAAAUGGGGGGAAUGCGUUGGGAAAUUGGAAAAAGUCUGGGGGGAAAUGGGAAAAAAAGGGAGGAAAUGGGGAAUAAAUGGGGAAAUCCGUUGGGAAAUUGGAAAAAGUCUGGGGGAAAUGGGAAAAAUGGGGGAAUGGGAAAAAUGGGGAAAUCCGUUGGGAAAUGGGAAAAAAUGGGGGGGAAAUGGGGAAAAUGGGGAAAUGGGGAAAAUGGGAAAUCCGCUGGGAAAUGGGAAAAAUGAGGAAAUGGGAAAAAAUGGGGAAAUCCGUUGGGAAAUGGGGAAAAUGGGGGAAAUGGGGAAAAAUGGGGGAAAUGGGGAAAAAUGGGGAAAUCCGUUGGGAAAUGGGAAAAGUCCGGGGAAAUGGGAAAAAUGGGGGAAAUGGGGAAAAAAUGGGAAAUCCGUUGGGAAAUGGGAAAAGUCUGGGGGAAAUGGGAAAAAGUCUGGAGGGAAAUAGGGAAAAAUGGGGAAAUCCGUUGGGAAAUGGGAAAAAGUCUGGGGGGAAAUGGGAAAAAAUGGGGGGAAAUGGGGAAAAAAUGGGGAAAUCCGUUGGGAAAUGGGAAAAAGUCCGGGGGGAAAUGGGGAAAAAUGGGGGAAAUGGGGAAAAAUGGGGAAAUGGGGAAAAUGGGAAAUCCGUUGGGAAAUGGGAAAAGUCUGGGGGAAAUGGGUAAAAAAUGGGGAAAUCCGUUGGGAAAUGGGAAAAAAUGGGGGGAAAUGGGAAAAAAAUGGGGAAAUCCGUUGGGAAAUGGGGAAAAGUGCGGGGGAAAGUGGGAAAAAAGGGGGAAAUGGGGAAAAAUGGGAAAUCCGUUGGGAAAUGGGAAAAAUGGGGGAAAUGGGGAAAAAUGGGAAAUCCGUUGGGAAAUGGGAAAAGUCCGGGGAAAUGUGAAAAAUGGGGAAAUGGGGAAAAAUGGGGAAAUGGGGAAAAUGGGAAAUCCGUUGGGAAAUGGGAAAAGUCUGGGGGAAAUGGGAAAAAUGGGGGAAAUGGGAAAAAUGGGGAAAUCCGUUGGGAAAUGGGAAAAAUGGGGAAAUGGGGAAAAAUGGGGAAAUCUGUUGGGAAAUUGGAAAGUCUGGGGGAAAUGGGAAAAAAUGGGGAAAUUGGAAAAAUGGGGAAAUCCGUUGGGAAAUGGGAAAAAUGGGGGAAAUGGGAAAAAUGGGGGAAAUGGGGAAAAAUGGGGGAAAUGGGGAAAAAUGGGAAAUCCGUUGGGAAAUGGGAAAAAUGGGGGAAAUGGGAAAAAUGGGGGAAAUGGGAAAAAAUGGGGAAAUCCAUUGGGAAAUGGAAAAAAUGGGGAAAUGGGGAAAAAAUGGGGGAAAAUGGGGGGAAAAUGGGGAAAUCCGUUGGGAAAUGGGAAAAAGUCUGGAGGGAAAGGGGAAAAAAUGGGGGGAAAUGGGGAAAAAAUGGGGAAAUCCGUUGGGAAAUGGGAAAAAUGGGGGAAAUGGGAAAAAGUCUGGAGGAAAUAGGGAAAAAAUGGGGAAAUCCGUUGGGAAAUGGGAAAAAUGGGGGAAAUGGGAAAAGUCUGGAGGGAAAUAGGGAAAAAUGGGGAAAUCCGUUGGGAAAUGGGAAAAAUGGGGGAAAUGGGAAAAAUGGGGGAAAUGGGAAAAAUGGGGAAAUCCGUUGGGAAAUGGGAAAAAUGGGGAAAGGGGGAAAAAUGGGGGGAACUGGGGAAAAAUGGGGAAAUCCGUUGGGAAAUGGGAAAAAGUCUGGAGGGAAAUGGGAAAAAAUGGGGGGAAAUGGGGGAAAAAUGGGGAAAUCCGUUGGGAAAUGGGAAAAAAUGGGGGGAAAUGGGAAAAAAUGGGGGGAAAUGGGGAAAAAUUGGGGAAAUCCAUUGGGAAAUGGGAAAAAGUCCCGGGGGGAAAUGGGAAAAAUGGGGGAAAUGGGGAAAAAUGGGGAAAUGGGGAAAAAUGGGGAAAUCUGUUGGGAAAUGGGAAAAAUGGGGAAAUGGGAAAAAUGGGGAAAUGGGGAAAAAUGGGAAAUCCAUUGGGAAAUGGGAAAAAGUCUGGGGGGAAAUGGGAAAAAGUCUGGAGGGAAAUAGGGAAAAAAUGGGGAAAUCCGUUGGGAAAUGGGAAAAAAUGGGGGGAAAUGGGAAAAAUGGGGAAAUGGGGAAAAAUGGGGAAAUGGGGAAAAAUGGGAAAUCCGUUGGGAAAUGGGAAAAAUGGGGAAAUGGGAAAAAUGGGGAAAUGGGGAAAAAAUGGGGAAAUCCAUUGGGAAAUGGGAAAAAUGGGGGAAAUGGGGAAAAAUGGGGAAAUCCGUUGGGAAAUGGGAAAAGUCUGGGGGAAAUGGGAAAAAUGGGGGAAAUGGGGAAAAAUGGGGAAAUCCGUUGGGAAAUGGGAAAAGUCUGAGGGAAAUGGGAAAAUGGGGGAAAUGGGGAAAAAUGGGAAAUCCGUUGGGAAAUGGGAAAAAGUCUGGGGGAAAUGGGAAAAAAUGGGGGGAAAUUGGAAAAAAAUUGAAAAUCCCGGGCGAAAUUGGGAAAUCCGGGGAAAAAUGGGGAAAUCCAGGGGGAAAUUGGAAAAAAAAUGGGAAAUUCGGGGGUUGGAUAAACUGGGGAAAUCUGCGAAAAUAAUGGCAUAUCCGGGAAAACCUGGGCCGAAAUUGGGGAAACUGGAAAAAUUCAGGUGGGAAAUGGGAAAAAUGGGAAAUUCGGGGGUUGAAAAACCGGAAAAUCUGGGAAAAUAAUGGAAUAUCCGGGAAAAUCUGGGGGAAAUUGGGGAAACUGGAAAAAUUCAGGGGAAAUUGGAAAAUCCGGGUGGAAAUUGGAAAAUCCGGUGGAAAUUGGAAAAAAUUGAAAAUCCGGGGAAAUGGGGAAAUCCAGGGGAAAUUGGAAAAAUGGGAAAUUCGGGGGUUGGAAAACCGGGAAAUCUGGGGAAAUAAUGGAAUAUCCGGGAAAAUCUGGGGGGAAAUUGGGAAAACUGGAAAAAAAUCCGGGGGGAAAUGGGAAAAUCCAGGGGGAAAUUGUAAAAAAAUUGAAAAUCCGGGGGGAAAUUGGGAAAAUGGGAAAUCCGGGGGUUGGAAAACCGGGAAAUCUGGGAAAAUAAUGGAAUAUCCGGGAAAAUCUGGGGGAAAUUGGCAAAUCUGGGGGGAAAUGGGAAAAUCCUGGAGGGAAUUGGAUAAUCUGGCGGAAAUUGAAGAAAUGGGGAAAUCCGGGGGGAAAUUGGGAAAAAUGGGAAAUUUGGGGGAAAAUCUGGGAAAAAUAGGAAAAAUCCGGGGGAAUUUGGGAUUAUUUUUUUAAUGGACGCUCCUUUCCAGGUUCAAUUUUGUGGCCAAAAACUGCACAAGAGGCUCCGCCAGUUGGGCGGCUGCCCGCUGCUUCCGCCCGCUUUGGGGGACGACCAGCACGAUUUGGGGUGAGUCUGGAUGACCGCCGGGUGCCCCUUUUGACCCUGAAUAUACUUUUGAGAUUUGAGAGGGGAAAUGGGGGGUCAGGCUGGAGGAAUUAUUAUUAUUAUUAUUAUUAUUAAUUAUUAUUAUUACUAUUAUUAUUAUUAUUAUUACUAUUAUUAUUAUUUUAUAUUAUUGUUAUUAUUAUUUUAUUAUAGUAUGUUUAAUUAUUGUUAUUAUUAUUAUUUUAUAUUAUGUAAUAUUAUUGCUAUUAUUACUAUUAUUAUUUAUUAAAUUUUAUUAUGUUAUUUUAUUAUUAUUGCUAUUAUUUUAUAUUAUUAUUGUUAUUAUUUUAUUAUAUUAUGUUUAAUUAUUGUUAUUAUUAUUGUUUUAUAUUAUGUAAUAUUAUUGCUGUUAUUAUUAUUAUUAUUUAUUAAAUUUUAUUAUGUUAUUUUAUUAUUAUUGCUAUUAUUAUUAUUUUAUAUUAUUAUUAUUAUUUUAUUAUAUUAUGUUUUAUUAUUGUUAUUAUUAUUGUUUUAUAUUAUGUAAUAUUAUUGCUGUUAUUGUUACUAUUAUUAUUAUUAAAUUUUAUUAUGUUAUUUUAUUAUUAUUGCUAUUAUUAUUAUUUUAUAUUAUUAUUGUUAUUAUUUUAUUAUAUUAUGUUUUAUUAUUGUUAUUAUUAUUGUUUUAUAUUAUGUAAUAUUAUUGCUGUUAUUAUUAUUAUUAUUUAUUAAAUUUUAUUAUGUUAUUUUAUUAUUAUUGCUAUUAUUAUUAUUUUAUAUUAUUAUUGUUAUUAUUGUUAUUAUAUUAUGUUUUAUUAUUGUUAUUAUUAUUAUUUUAUAUUAUGUAAUAUUAUUGCUGUUAUUAUUAUUAUUAUUUAUUAAAUUUUAUUAUGUUAUUUUAUUAUUAUUGCUAUUAUUAUUAUUUUAUAUUAUUGUUAUUAUUAUUUUAUUAUAGUAUGUUUAAUUAUUGUUAUUAUUAUUGUUUUAUAUUAUGUAAUAUUAUUGCUGUUAUUAUUAUUAUUAUUUAUUAAAUUUUAUUAUGUUAUUUUAUUAUUAUUACUAUUAUUAUUAUUUUAUAUUAUUAUUGUUAUUAUUUUAUUAUAUUAUGUUUUAUUAUUGUUAUUAUUAUUGUUUUAUAUUAUGUAAUAUUAUUGCUGUUAUUGUUACUAUUAUUAUUUAUUAAAUUUUAUUAUGUUAUUUUAUUAUUAUUGCUAUUAUUAUUUUAUAUUAUUGUUAUUAUUAUUUUAUUAUAUUAUGUUUUAUCAUUAUUAUUAUUUUAUAUUAUGUAAUAUUAUUGCUGUUAUUAUUAUUGUUAUUAUUAUUAUUAAAUCUUAUUAUGUUAUUUUAUUAUUAUUACUAUUAUUAUUUUAUAUUAUUGUUAUUAUUAUUUUAUUAUAUUAUGUUUUAUCAUUAUUAUUAUUUUAUAUUAUGUAAUAUUAUUGCUGUUAUUAUUAUUAUUAUUAUUUAUUAAAUUUUAUUAUGUUAUUUUAUUAUUAUUGCUAUUAUUAUUAUUUUAUAUUAUUGUUAUUAUUAUUAUUAUUUUAUUAUAUUAUGUUUUAUUAUUAUUAUUUUAUUAAAUUAUGUUUUAUUAUUAUUAUUGUUAUUAUUAUUGUUAUUUUAUUAUAUUUUAUUAUUAUUAUUAUUAUUAUUAUUAUUUUAUAUUAUGUUAUAUUAUUGCUGUUAUUGUGGUUAUUACUACUAUUAUUAUUAUUAUUAUUAUAUUAAAUUUUAUUAUGUUAUAUUAUUAUUGUUGUUAUUAUUAUUAUUAUGUUAUAUUAUUGUUGUUAUUAUUAUUAUUAUUUUAUUUUAUUAUAUUUUAUUAUUAUUAUUAUUGUUGUUGUUGUUAUUUUAUUAUAUUAUGUUUUAUUAUUGUUAUUAUUUUUAUUAUUAUUAUUAUUAUUAUUAUUUUGGGCCAGGCUACCUGACUGCUGGCUCCCUUUUUACCCUGAAGAUGCCAAAAUUUAUUAUUAAUAAAUAAAUAAAUGAAAUUUAUAAAUGAAAUAAAUGAAAUAAAUGAGAAUUUUUUUAUUAUUAUUAUUAUUAUUAGAUGACCGCUGGCUCCCUUUUUGCCCUGAAUAUGCUGAAAUUUAUUAUUAUUAUUAUUAUUAUUAUUAUUAUUAUUAUUAAUGACCGCUGGAUCCCUUUCUGUCCUCCUGCAGGCCAGACGCCGCGGUGGAUCCCUGGCUAGCGGAUCUCUGGGAGAAGAUCCUGGAUUUGUAUCCUCUUCCUCCCGGCCUGGAAAUCCUGAGUCCGGAUGUCGUGUAAGCAAUAUUAUUCUAAUUAAUUAAUUAAUUUAUUAUUAUUAUUAUUAUUAUUAUUAUUAUUAUUAAAGGAUUAAAUAAUUAAAAUAAAUUAAAUUAUUCUUCAAUUAUUCUGAACGUAAAUAAUUCAAUUAUUCUUCAAUAUUCUGAAUGAGAUGGUCAGUUAUUAUUAUUAUUAUAUUAUUAUUAUUAUUAUUAUUAUUAUCAUUUGUUGGCUGCCCAGCUCAACAUCUUCUUCUUCUUCUUCCUCUUCUUCUUCUUCUUAUUCCAUCCCCUUCUUUCCCCCUCUUCUUUGAUAAUAAUAUGAAUGAUAUUAUUAUUCACAUUAUUAUUAUUAUUAUUAUUAUUAUUAUUAUCAUUUGUUGGAUGCCCAGCUCAAGUUGUUCUUCUUCUUCUUCUUCUUCUUCUUCUUCUUCUUCUUCUUCUUCUUCUUAUUCCAUCCCCUUCUUUCCCCCUCUUCUUUAAUAAUAAUAUUAAUUAUAUUAUUAUUAACUUUAUUAUUAUUAGUAUUAUUAUUAUUAUUAUCAUUUGUUGGAUGCCCAGCUCAAGUUGUUCUUCUUCUUCUUCUUCUUCUUAUUCCAACCCCUUCUUUCCCCCCUCUUCUUUAAUAAUAAUAUGAAUAAUAUUAUUAUUCACAUUAUUAUUAUUAUUAUUAUUAUUAUUAUUAUUAUUAUUAUUAUUAUCAUCAUUUGUUGGAUGCCCAGCUCAAGUUGUUCUUCUUCUUCUUCUUCUUCUUAUUCCAUCCCCUUCUUUCCCCCCCUCUACUUUAAUAAUAAUAUGAAUAAUAUUAUUAUUCACAUUAUUAUUAUUAUUAUUAUUAUUAUUAUUAUAAUUUGUUGGAUGCCCAGCUCAAGUUGUUCUUCUUCUUCUUCUUCUUCUUAUUCCAUCCCCUUCUUUCCCCCUCUUCUUUAAUAAUAAUAUGAAUGAUAUUAUUAUUCACAUUAUUAUUAUUAUUAUUAUUAUUAUUAUUAUCAUUUGUUGGGCACCCAGCUCAACAUCUUCUUCUUCUUCUUCUUCUUCUUAUUAUUAUUAUUAUUAUUCCAACCUCUUCUUUCAUAAGAAGAUGAAUUAUAUUAUUAUUAUUAUUAUUAUUAUUACUAUUAUUAUUAUUAUCAUUUUUGGAGGCCCAGCUCAACAUCAUCUUCUUCUUCUUCUUCUUCUUCUUCUUCUUAUUCCAACCUCUUCUUUCCCCCCUCUUCUUUAAUAAUAAUAUGAAUAAUAGUAUUAUUCACAUUUUUAUUAUUAUUAUUAUUAUUAUUACUAUUAUUAUUAUCAUUUGUUGGCUGCCCAGCUCAACAUCUUCUUCUUCUUCUUCUUCUUAUUAUUAUUAAUAAUAAUAUUAUUAUUCCAACCUCUUCUUUCAUAAGAAGAUGAAUUAUAUUAUUAUUAUUAUUAUUAUUAUUAUUAUUAUUAUUAUUACUAUUAUUAGUUUUAUUAUCAUUUGUUGGAUGCCCAGCUCAACAUCUUCUUCUUCUUCUUCUUCUUCUUCUUCUUAAUAAUAAUAAGAAGAUGAAUUAUAUUAUUAUAACUAUUAUUAUUAUUAUUAUUAUUAUUAUUAUUGAUUAUUAAUUUUACAUUCCAGCUUGCCCUCCCGCUUCACCUUCCGCUUCCUGGACGAUGA